GUGAUGUGUUAACACAUUUCCAAAAAAUGUCUAAACGUCAUUCAACUGAACAGGAUGAGGGAGGACGUGGUGACCGUUACAAGUUUUUCAAAAGGGAAGAUCUACCGGAUUUAUACUCUGUGUUUCAGGGAGAGGUGGCUAGUGUCCAAGCAUAUGGCGUGUUUAUAAAGAUUCCAGAUUCUAGAAAACAAGGUUUGGUACAUAAAUCCCAGAUGUCGAAGGCAAGAGUGGAUGACCCAUCUGAGAUGCUGAGUGUCAGAGAGAAGGUCUACUGUAAAGUCAUCUCUAUUGAGGAUGAUAAAGUGGCUUUGUCCAUGAAGUGUGUUAACCAGACAACUGGUGAAGAUGAGGACCCAACCAAUGUACAGGCAAGCUUGGAUGAUCGGAAGAGAAAGCAAGGUGUGAAAGGUGGGAGACCAAAGAUAGAACUUGGGGCGGUUCUGGACACGACAUGUCGCAAGUGUGGGGGUCAUGGACAUUUAGCACAGGAUUGUUUCCACACAAAGGGAGGUAAAUCUUAUGAGUUAGUUCCUGACCUUGACGAUGAUGACAGAUUUCAUGACUCAUCAGAAGAGAGCCUAACACAGAAGAAAAAGAAGAAAGAGAAGAAGCCAAAGAAGGAGAAGAAAAAACACAAGAAACGAAAACACAAAAGACGGUCUUCAUCAUCAGAGGACAGUGAGGAGGAGCGAUACAGGAUGAAACACAAACAUAAACACAAGAAACAUAAAAGUAAGAAACAUGAUAGUUCUAGUAGUUCUGAAGGAUAGAAGACAGAAGGGACAUAACUCUUGAGAGAUAGAAGAAUGGCAACAAGUUAAAAACAGAAGGGACAUAACUCUUGAAAGAUAGAAGUGUGGCAACAAGUUAAAAACAGAAGGGACAUAACUCUUGAAAGAUAGAAGUGUGGCAACACGUUAAAAACAGAAGGGAAAUAACUCUUGAGAGAUAGAAGUACGGCAACUAGUUGAAGACUGAAGGGACAUCUCUUGGGAGAUAGAGGUCUAGAUAUGACUGCCCUUGAAAAUGAGUUCCCUUGUCCAGGGACUUACAACAUAUUAAAUGCUUGAAUUAUAACUGCUGACAGGAACUAAAUAGUUCAAGGGACUCUAAAUCUGAGAUGUAGAUGAACCAGUGGAUUUAAGUUGACGUGACUGUAGUGAAAACUACAGUAAGGGAGUUGAUAGUCACUGAGAGAGAGAUGGCUUGUAACCAUUGAAAAAGAGUACAGGGAAUGUGAUUCUUGUGAUGGAGUCUGAGUCUUAGUUAUCUGAAAAAACAGUGAACCAAGAUUACAAGAGUUGCUUCAUGGGAUAAAAUUCUCUGAGAAGUUCCUAGAGGGAUUAUGACAUCAAAUUCCUCUUUGUGAGAUAGAAAGGUAUCAACAUAGGUUAGACAAGUUGGAUUAAUGUGAAUCUACACUUGAAAAUUUUGUACCAGUUGAGAAAGUUUAUACAGGUGCGAAUGUUUAUACGUCCACAUGUAUGAAGCAUAAUGAAUGUGUAUUGAAUGUAUGGAAUGUUUGGAAUGUAUGGAAUGUUUCUUGGAGGUAAUGGGAAUUCAAAAGAUUCUGUUUGGUGAAAAAUCAAUAGGAAAUAAAGUUGACUAGUUUUAA